UUUUCUUCUGCUUGUACUUGUUCCCUCCAAUCAUUUUCCACCAUUUUCUUUUCUUUUCUCUGAUUUUCCGGAAAAUCGUUGCUCUGCAGCACCGAGGUGAUUGCAAGAGAAACUUCUCUUUAUCAUUCCAAUUUCACUGAUCACCGCAUGCUUACUCUUUUCCAUGAAUUCUUAAGUAAUUAGAAAGUGUUUGGAUGGACAAACAUUCUGGGGAUUCUAUGCCAACUCAUGGUGUAGCAGGUAGAUCUGAGUUUUUCUCGCUUAAAUCUGCCAAAGAAAUGGGAAGCAGUGCAUGGGGAAUACCAGGUGGGACUGAUUCAUUUCAUGCUUCAAGUGAUGCUAGCUUGUUUUGUAGUUCACUUCCUGUUUUUCCACAUGAAAAGUUAAAAAUUACUAAUUCAGAGCAUUACGGUCAAUCUGUUGAUGAUGACUGGCCAGUAUUAGGCAAAGUUCUCAAAGGGGUUGGGGGACAGGAUCCACUUGGACAUAUUGAAAUUGGUGCAGUUGGAAACAUGCUUCCUGAUGAUGAUGAGCUAUUGGCCGGUAUAACUGAUGAUUUUGAUCUGAGUGGGUUGCCCAGCCAAUUGGAGGAUCUGGAUGAAAAUGAUCUUUUUGGCAGUGGAGGGGGGUUUGAAAUGGAUUUUGAACCUCAAGAGAGCCUUAGUGUUGGUAUAGCAAAGGUAAGCUUAUCUGAUGAAGUUCAUUCGAAUGGUAUUGGUCACUAUGCAAUUCCAAAUGGCAUGGGAACAGUGGCUGGGGAACAUCCUUAUGGAGAGCAUCCAUCAAGGACACUAUUUGUGCGGAACAUCAACAGUAAUGUUGAGGACUCUGAAUUAAGAUCACUAUUUGAGCAAUAUGGGGAUAUCAGAACACUGUACACUGCAUGCAAGCACAGGGGUUUUGUGAUGAUAUCGUACUAUGACAUUCGAUCUGCUCGCACUGCAAUGCGUGCUUUACAAAACAAGCCCUUGAGACGAAGAAAACUUGAUAUUCAUUUUUCAAUUCCUAAGGACAACCCCUCAGAAAAGGAUAUUAACCAAGGAACACUUGUAGUGUUCAAUUUGGAUCCCUCGGUAUCAAAUGAUGACCUUCGUUUAAUAUUUGGGGCUUAUGGAGAGGUCAAAGAGAUCAGGGAAACACCACAUAAGAGACACCAUAAAUUUAUUGAAUUUUAUGAUGUUAGAGCAGCAGAGGCUGCCCUAAAAGCAUUAAAUCAAAGUGACAUCGCUGGGAAGCGCAUCAAACUUGAACCCAGCCGCCCUGGUGGAGCACGUCGAAACUUGAUGCAACAACUGAGUCAAGAAUUGGAGCAAGAUGAAGCUCGAACUUUUAGACAACAAGUGGGUUCACCUGUUGGCAAUUCUCCUCCUGGUAACUGGGCACAAUUUGGUAGUCCAGUUGAACAUAAUGCAUUAGGUUCUUUUAGCAAAUCCCCUGGUUUGAAUUUUGGGAGCCCAAUGAAUACCAACCUUUUGCCUGGAUUGGCUGCAAUUCUUUCUCCACAAUUAUCAAGUUCUCCAAAGAUUGCUCCAAUUGGCAAGGACCUAGGAAGGGCUAAUAAUGCAAAGCAGAUAUUUGCAAGCUCAGGAUCAUCACAAGGAGCUGCUUUUCAGCAUUCUACAUCAUUUCCUGAGCAAAAAGUAAAUGCAUUUCCUAGGCCUAUAUCUACUUUUGGUGAAUCAAAUUCAAGUUCUUCAAGUAUUGGAACAUUGUCUGGUCCUCAAUUUCUUUGGGGAAGUCCAACUCCUUACUCAGAGCAUUCAAACACAUCUGCCUGGUCUUCAUCUUCUGUGGGGGUUCCAUUUACUUCUACUGGACAAAGGCAGGUUUUCCCAUAUACUAGUCGGCACAGUUCUUUUCUUGGUUCUCAUCCACUUCAUCAUGUGGGAUCUGCUCCACCUGGCCUUCCUCUUGAUAGACAUUUUAGCUACUUCCCAGAGUCACCUGAAACUUCUCUCAAGAGCCCGGCUGCAUAUGGGAAUAUGAAUCACAGUAAUGGGAAUAUUUUGAUGAACAUGGGUGGUCAUGCAUCUCUAGGUAUCAGUGUUGGGCUUUCAGGAAAUACUUCUGAAAUGAGUUCACCCAAUUUUGGAAUGAUGUCACUACCCAGGCAAGGUUCCCUGUUCCUUGGUAAUGGUUUGUAUUCUGGACCAGGAGCUACUAAUACUGACGGAUUAGCUGAACGUGGUCGAAGUAGGCGACCUGACAAUAGUGGGAACCAAAUUGAUAGUAAGAAGCAGUAUCAGCUUGAUUUGGACAAAAUUAUGAGUGGGGAAGACACAAGGACUACCUUAAUGAUUAAAAACAUUCCUAACAAGUACACUUCAAAGAUGCUGCUUGCUGCAAUUGAUGAGAAUCACCAGGGUAGUUACGACUUUCUCUACUUGCCAAUUGACUUUAAGAACAAGUGUAACGUUGGGUAUGCUUUCAUCAAUAUGGUGUCUCCUUCACACAUCAUCCCCUUCUAUAAGGCAUUUAAUGGGAAAAGGUGGGAGAAAUUUAAUAGUGAGAAAGUUGCUUCCCUAGCAUUUGCACGGAUCCAGGGAAAGGGUGCGUUAGUGACACAUUUUCAGAAUUCAAGCCUCAUGAAUGAGGAUAAGUGGUGCCGACCAAUUCUCUUUCAUUCUGAGGGUCAAGGGAUUGACGACCAGGAACAUUUCCUCUCAAGCAAUUUGAAUAUAUGCAUUCGUCAACCAGAUGGUUCUUACUCAGGUGAUUUGUUGGAGAGCCCCAAGGGCAAUUUGGAAGAAAAAGAUUAACUAUUUGUUCCCUAGCCAUAAUAAAUGGAUUCUAGGAGUACUAACUGCUGCAUAGUGCAUGGCUAAUCUUAAGGUGUACAAAGCUGAUUUAUCAAGUAAAAGAAGAAAAAAAAAACUAUUGUUGUAUAAAGGUGAGGGAAAAGCCUGGUUAUCAGUGCCAGAAGACUAAAGGAUGCAGUUUGUUGAUGUGUAGUGUAGAGAAGCCAUUGUCAUUUAACCAGCGGAAAAGAAUAAGGUGGAGUGUACUGCUGGAUUGUGAGUCUCUACAGCAGCAUGCUUUCCAGAUUGUGCAGGAUGACUCCGACUGGGAUUUGUUGUUUUUUUGCCAACCUUUUGUUUUGGCCAUUGCAGAUAUGGUUAAUGUUAAUAAUAAUAAUAUUAUUGGGGGUAUGUAUGACAAAAAAGGUUGUAUAGAAGGGAUACAAGGAACAACUAUCCUAUGUGUUUUCAAUGAUGUCAUGUAGCCAAAAUAAUGUUGAAUGGCUGUACAGAUGUUAACACUUAACAGAUCAUUGCUGUUGUAUUUAUUUCACGCUAUUGUUAAGAAUGUCUAUACUCGGAUAACAUGUAGUGUCAUUUCUCUUCA